CUUCGGGUGAUUUACGUGCGCUGUGAAGGCGCCCAGGGCGCCGCGGUCCCCUGCCACGAGGCGGGAGCGCUUCAUUGCCUGCUUCAAGCCUGCGAGGCCGAGGGCGUCCACUUCAUCUCCGUGUCCUUCGGGAAGCUCGACUUCGGGGAGACCGCUGCGCUUGACGCCUUCUAUGAUGCAGAUGUUGCCAUUGUGGACAUGAGUGACAUCUUCAGAUGGCCUUCCCUCUUCUACCAUCUUGGAGUCCGUGAGAGCUUUGACAUAGCCAAUAACGUGAUCCUGUACCAUGACACCAAUGCUGAUACUGCUCUGUCGUUGAAGGAUAUGGUAACUCAAAAAAACACAGCAUCUAGUGGAAAUUAUUACUUCAUCCCCUACAUUGUGACGCCAUGUGGUACUUGUCUUUACUAUGAGAAUGUUGCCCGGAAUCAAGCUUCAGCACACAUGCAGCCCAACUUGGAGGCCGUCCUGCGCCCGCUGUGCAUGCCCCUGGUGGACAGGUUCAUUAGCCUUCUCAAGGACAUCCAUGUGACUUCUUGUACUUAUUACAAAGAAGCCUUGUUAAAUGACAUCCGGAAUGCCAGAGUGAAAUACCAAGGCAAUGAACUGGCAAAGGAGCUGGCUAGGAUCAAACUUCGCAUGAAUAGCAUUGAGGUUAUGACCUCAGAUAUCAUCAUUAAUUUACUCCUGACCUACCGUGAUAUCCAGGACUAUGAUGCAAUGAUCAAGCUGGUAGAAACACUGGAGAUGCUGCCUAUGUGUGAUGUGGCUGAUCAGCAUAAUAUUAGAUACCACUACGCAUUUGCACUGAAUAGGAGAAAUGGCACAAGUGACCGUGAGAAGGCUGUUCAGGUCAUCUUCCAGAUUUUGCACAGCUGUGACCACCCAUCCCCUGACAUGUUCUGCCUCUGUGGGAGGAUCUACAAGGAUAUAUUCUUGGAUUCAAUGUGUGAAGAUGAUAUCAGCCGAGAAAAGGCCAUUUCAUGGUAUCGCAAGGGAUUUGAACUCCAGCCAUCUCUUUAUUCGGGAAUUAACCUUGUAAUUUUGCUGAUAGUUGCUGGACAGAACUUUGAAACUUCUAGGGAACUAAGAAGAAUAGGUGUCCAUCUGAACAAUUUGUUGGAAAGAAAAGGGAGCUUGGAGAAAAUGAGCAAUUACUGGGAUGUGGCUCACGUCUUCACCAUCACCAUGCUGGUCAGCAAUGUUGGGAAAGCUAUCCAGGCAGCGGAGAGGUUGUUUAGACUGAAGCCUCCAGUCUGGUACCUGCGAUCAUUAGUUCAAAACUUGUUGUUAAUUCUGCGCUUUAAGAAACUUGAUUUUGACUAUUCAUCCAGUCAAGAACAACUUAACUUCUGGUUAGAAAUAAUUUUUGAAACGACUAAAGUUCCUGAUGGACUCAGAUUUCCAGUUCUGGUGAUAGAGCCAACCAAAAUCUACCAGCCUGCUUAUGUGUCUAUCAACAGUGAAGCUGAGGAGAGAACAGUGUCUUUGCGGCAUGUUUCACCCUCAGAAAUGUUGCAGACACAAAUCCAUGAAUGGAAGUUUACAGCCUCUUCUAUCAAGGGAAUAAGCCUCUCCAAGUUUGAUGGACGGUGUUGUUUUCUGUAUGUCUACAAUAAUUCUGAUGACUUUCAAAUCUACUUUUCAACAGAAAACCGGUGUAGCAGGUUUUGCUAUUUUGUCAAAGAGAUGCUGACCAAUGCAGUGGGCCCUACAGUGGAGCUGGACAGAGAGACUGAUGGAGACACAUUAGAAUAUGAGUAUGACCGUGAUGAGAAUGGGGAGAGAAUCAUCUUGGGGAAAGGCACCUAUGGAAUUGUGUACGCUGGCCAAGUUCUGAGCAAUCAAGUGCGAAUAGCAAUCAAAGAAAUUCCAGAAAGAGACCGCAGUUGCUCUCAACCUCUGCAUGAGGAGAUAGCCCUGCACAAGUACCUCAGACAUCGCAACAUCGUCCAGUACCUGGGCUCUGUGUCUGAGGGUGGUUACAUUAAGAUCUUUAUGGAGCAGGUGCCUGGAGGAAGCCUUUCUUCUCUCUUGCAAUCCAAAUGGGGGCCAUUGAAGGAGUCCACUAUCAAAUUUUACACCAGGCAGAUCCUGGAAGGCCUGAAGUAUCUCCAUGAAAACCUGAUAGUGCACAGAGACAUAAAGGGUGAUAAUGUUCUGAUAAACACCUACAGUGGGGUGGUAAAAAUCACCAAUGUUGGAACCUCCAAACGCCUCGCAGGAGUGAACCCAUGCACAGAGACCUUUACAGGCACUGUACAGUACAUGGCACCUGAAAUUAUUGCUCAAGGACCUCGAGGGUAUGGUGCCCCAGCAGAUAUCUGGUCCCUGGGCUGCACCAUCAUAGAGAUGGCCACCAGCAGGCCUCCAUUCCGUGAGCUCAGUGAAUCUCAGGCAGCGAUGUUAAAAGUAGGGCUGCUUAAGGUGCAUCCUGAUAUUCCACGAACCCUUUCAUUUAAAGCUAAAGGAUUCAUCUUAUCCUGUUUCGAGCCUAACCCUAGCAAACGGGUCACUGCUGCUGGGCUACUCACACAGAACUUCUUAAAGCAGUCAAAGAAGGGUGAGAGGAAGCGAACUGCUUUCAAGCCUUCAGACUCUCGUGCCCAGCCAGACACAUUCUCUGAGGAUGCCCACGCACCUGAACACCAGCCCAGCUGCCACCUCAGUGUUCCUAAUGAGAGUUCAGCCUUGGAAGACCAGGGUGCAGCCUCUUCCCGAGAAAGGAACCUGAGCCUCUUGCUGCAUGAGGACAGUGAGCAUCGUGCCAUCCUGUACAGAAUCCUUUUGGAGGAGCAGACCCAGGUGGCUUCGAACUUACAGGAGUGUGUGAGCCAGAAUUCAGAAGAGAUGCAUCUCUCAGUUGCUCACAUCAAGCAAAUAAUUGGGAUGCUGAGGGACUUCAUCUACUCCCCGGACCACAGGGUGACGGCAUCCAUGAUAUCAAAGCUAAAGAUGGUUCUAAACUUUGACAGCGUAUCCAUCAAUCAGAUUCACCUGGUACUGUUUGGAUUCCAGGAUGCUGUAAAUAAAAUUUUGAGGAACCACUUAGUUAGGCCCCACUGGAUGUUUGCAAUGGACAACAUCAUCCGCAGAGCAGUGCAUGCUGCAGUCACCACUCUCAUCCCAGAGCUCCAAGCCCACUCUGAGCCUGCCUCUCAGACAGAAGGAGUAGAUAAGCGCACGGAUGAAAUGGAACACGAUUCCCUACCACACCUGCCUAGUGGUGAAAUAUGUGUGGUAACCGAGAGGAGCAGACGUGGCUUGGUGGUUAUGCAAGAGGCCCCACCCCAGCAGCAGCAGCAGCUGAACCUCCAGCUGAACAUGCUCAAGGAGGAGAACAGCAGACUUUUGGAACACCUAGUUCAAAAAGAGCGAGAAUACCAGAAUUUCCUCCGACUGACUAUAAAACAGAAAACUCAACAACUGCAUCACCUCCAGUUACAAUGCAAAAGUAAUGGUACUGCAGAGAUCCCAGCACCCCCUCAUUUUCAAGGAACCGAUAAUGAGCUUACAGCCUGGUUGCAAAUGCAAGGAACAGAUGCAAAUACAAUUGAAAAGAUUGUUGGAGAGGAUUAUACUCUUUCUGAUAUUCUCAAUAAUAUCACUAAGGAAGACCUAAGGUGCCUUCAACUACGUGGUGGUGCCCUCUGUAGGCUCUGGCAAGCGAUUUCUCGUUACAGAAGACAAGUUCAGAAGUCCUCAGGGACUGCAGCUACACCCAAGGACAGAGCGCACAAAUAGUUGACGUGUAUGUUUAUACUUAAAGCUUCAAUCUACAUACAUGCAAAUUCUGCCGAGUUUACAAAACACUUGACCUGUUUAAUUCAAGAACUUGAAGUUUUAGAGUGUCUUUACUGGAAGUUUUUAGUCUAUUUAUAAACAUAUUUUAAAGAUUUAUAGACGUAUAUGUAAUACGAUAGUGAAUCUUAAUUUAGAUAUCCCAGCAUGUUAGACGUUCUUGUUCUUAGAAAUAAAUUUUACUUCCAUGGAAAAGUCACCCCAUCUUAUUGUACCUAAUGGAAAGUAAAAACAAUAGGUGUUUAAAAUAAGCUGUGUACCCUCCAGUUUAGGAUAUGUCUUAUUUACUAGUGUAGCACUUAAAUGUGAAAGACAAAAUGGGUAUGAACGUGCCUUACAUUGUCUAAUAGGAAUGUAACUUAAGAUAACUUCAUGUUGAAUGUAUAAAUGGAGAAAACUAAGAUAUUGGCCUUUGAAAUGUUGUGAAAUCUUACAAUAAUAAUAAAUACUGGAGGAAACAAUCAGUAUGAACAGUCUUCUGCCCCCCACUACCUGUGAACCCUGUGAACCUUUGAGAACAAAGCAAUGAUUCCUCAAGGCCAGUGAUCUCCACCCAAAGAGUGGCUGGGGUGGAAUAGGCAUACAAAGAAUUGUUCUUGUGUUUACACAAAUGAAACUAUUUUAGGAAAUAAUUUGGGGGAAGAUUAUAUACUUGUGCCUGUUUUAAACCAUACAAAUCUUUAUAUUCACACAAAGCACUAAUGUAUGACCUGCAA